CAAUGUAGAGAAAGGAUGUUUUUUAGGAGACUAUGCUCAUUUCUUUUCCUCCCACCAUUGAAUGUUAAGACCAAGUUUUACAACUCAGAUAGGAAUGAUUUAUUUCUUGAAGUCCAGAUUCAUAAUGUUUCAUCUUCAACUGUGUUUGUACAAAAUGUCUCCUUAGAGCUGUCUGAAAUGUACACUUCAGUAGAAUUCAAUACUGUCAACCACGAUGGAGAAGAUGAGUGCACAUUUGGAACAAGGACAUUUUUGCAGUCAAAUGAAGGGCGCCAGUACUUAUACCACCUUUGGUUGAAACAGGAAUUUUCAGAGAAAGCUAGUAUUAUUAGGGGAGUAACAGAAAUGGGAAAGUUGAAUAUAGUAUGGAAAAGAAAUCUAGGUGAAAUGGCAAUGCUAGAGACUAUCCAACUUAAAAGAGAGGCUCCAGGUUAUGGAAACAUGAGGCUAUCUUUGGAAACAAUUCCAGAUACUGCAGUUUUAGAAGAACCUUUUUAUAUUAUCUGCAAGAUAACAAACUGCAGUAAUAAGAAAAUGAAGUUGUUUCUGAAAAUGUGUGAUACAGAUUCUACUCAUUGGUGUGGAAAAUCAGGAAGGCAUCUUGGAAAGCUUUCUCCAAGUUCAUCACUCUGUUUUACCCUGACAUUGCUAUCCUUAAAACUGGGCCUGCAAAGAAUAUCUGGCGUAAGGAUAACAGACAAAUUCUCAAAGAAAACAUAUGGGUAUGAUAAUAUUGCAAAUGUCUAUGUAAUACCUUCUGUUAAAAAGAAAAGUUGAAGAAAAUUUUCAAUGUUAUGUGUCACACAGAGUUUCAUUAAAAGAUUUUUCAUACUUUUGUCAGCAGUAAAAUGAUCAACUAACAAGAAAUGC